AUGGCCGCCAAGAUCGAGGAGAUCCGCAAGGCGCAGCGGGCCGAGGGCCCGGCGACAGUGCUCGCCAUCGGCACGGCGACGCCUCCCAACGUGUUGUACCAGGACGAGUACCCCGACUACUACUUUCGGAUCACCAACAGCGAGCACCUCACCGAUCUGAAGGAGAAGUUCAAGAGAAUGUGUAAGUAGAAACUGACUGUAGACAAAAAAAAAGUUUGGUUGUAGUAGCUAGUUUGCAUGCGAUCUGUAUGGAAGUAUUGACGGGAGAAGAACAAUCCGCAGGCGACAAGUCGAUGAUCAGGAAGCGGUACAUGCACCUGAACGAGGAGAUCCUCAAGGAGAACCCCAACAUGUGCGCGUACAUGGCCCCGUCCCUGGACGCCCGUCAGGACAUCGUCGUGGUGGAGGUGCCGAGGCUGGGGAAGGAGGCGGCGGUGAAGGCCAUCAAGGAGUGGGGGCAGCCCAAGUCCAAGAUCACCCACGUCGUCUUCUGCACCACCAGCGGCGUCGACAUGCCCGGAGCCGAUUACCAGCUCACCAAGCUCCUGGGGCUGCGACCCUCCGUGAAGCGCCUGAUGAUGUACCAGCAGGGGUGCUUCGCCGGUGGCACGGUGCUCCGACUGGCCAAGGACCUCGCCGAGAACAACCGCGGCGCGAGGGUCCUGGUCGUCUGCUCUGAGAUCACUGCUGUCACCUUCCGCGGCCCGACCGAUACCCACCUCGACAGCCUCGUGGGGCAAGCGCUCUUCGGGGACGGGGCCGCCGCCGUCAUCGUCGGCGCCGACCCGGACCCAGCCACCGAGCGGCCGCUGUUCCAGCUGGUGUCGGCAGCGCAGACCCUCCUGCCGGACUCGCAGGGGGCCAUCGACGGACACCUUAGGGAAGUCGGCCUCACCUUCCACCUGCUCAAGGACGUUCCCGGGCUCAUCUCCAAGAACAUCGAGAAGAGCCUGGUGGAGGCCUUCGAGCCGCUGGGCAUCAAGGACUGGAACUCGAUCUUCUGGAUCGCCCACCCCGGGGGUCCGGCCAUCCUCGACCAGGUGGAGGAGAAGCUGGCCCUGAAGCAGGAGAAGAUGCGGGCGACCAGGGAGGUGCUCAAGGAGUACGGAAACAUGUCCAGCGCUUGCGUGCUGUUCAUUCUCGACGAGAUGAGGAGGAAGUCGGCGGAGGAAGGGAAGGCCACCACGGGCGAAGGCCUCGACUGGGGGGUGCUCUUUGGGUUUGGGCCAGGCCUCACCGUCGAGACGGUGGUGCUCCACAGCGUGCCCAUCGCUGGCCAGUGA